AUGUCGUCUAAUAAGGUCCCGAACGAUAUUAUCCUCUUCCACUACACCUUUUCUCCCUUUGCAAAGAGAAUCGUCUGGUAUCUCAAGCUACGCGGCAUUCCCUACGCUGAGUGCAUUCAACCCUUGAUUCUACCACGCCCAGACCUAGCUGAGUUGGGCAUCAACUACCGUCGCAUCCCCCUGCUGUCCAUCGGACGAGAUGUGUACUAUGACACCCGCCUGAUCCUGGCAAGACUGGAGCAAAGCUUCCCAGCAUCGGCAUCGCACCCAGCUCUAUCGAUGCCCGAGAACAAAGGACUGGAAGCUUUGCUAGAGAAAUUCACAGUCGAUGCUGGUGUCUUCUCAAAGGCAGCUCAGUCACUUCCGCCUGACUUGCCGACUAUGAAAGAUGAGAAGUUUUUGAAAGAUCGAUCUGAGUUCACGGGCACUAGCUGGUCGCAGGAAAAUCGCGCGAAAGGGUAUCCUGAGGCACUGGCACACAUCAGGCAUGCAUUUGAUAUACUGGAGGCCUUGCUUGCGGAUGGUAGACAGUGGAUCGGGGGAACAGACAAAGUCAGUCUGGCAGAUAUUCACGCUGCUUGGCCCUUCAUUUGGAUCGGCGACAUGCUCCCUAAGCAAUCAUUUUCCAAAGAUCAACACCCCAAGGCUUGGGCAUGGCUAGGUCGCUUCAAGAAGACAGUCAGGGAAGCCGAAAAUUCAUCAAAAGCUGUUUCGCUAGAUGGGCAGGCUGCAAUGCAGCAUAUUGUAUCUGCGUCCUAUCACGAUCAACAAACCGGUGUGGACGGCAACGAUCCUGUCAAACUUGAGGAGGGCGACCUUGUCCAAUUGUGGCCUACCGAUAGUGGUUUCCGACACAAAGAUGAGGGACAGCUGGUGAAGCUCACGAAAGAUGAAGUCGUGCUUGCUAUACAAACCAGAAGCGGAGGCAAAGAGAUCAGAGUCCACGCGCCGAGAUGGGGUUUCAGAGUGGUAAAGGCAAAAGCCCAACUCUAA